AUGACCGUCGCCCGCACCAUCAUCAUCUUCACCAUCACAGUAUCCCUGGUCACUUUCAUAGCCUUCUUCGGACGACUGCCCGCUUUCAGAAAUACUCCCAUAGGCUUCCUCAACCGCCUCGUUCUCAUCCACAUCCCCUCAGCGUUCCGAAAACUCGACCUCGCCCUCACCAAUGGCCGCAUCACAAACGGCGGUUCCCGCCUGGGCAACUACCUCAUGCAUGACAAACACCCGCUGGUCGUAAUAUUCUUCCUCGGCCUCGUAACCGCAUGCGCGACGCUAUUCUUGCCUACCGUUUGGCACCUCCUUCGAGCGUACCACAAGCUCCUCGUAUUCAUCCUGCUGCCACAGCCAUACAUCUUUUUGUAUCUAAGCGCGAAACGAAACAGUCAAACAUAUAUCAACACGCUCAAUCAUGCCGAGCAGAUGCGACACUACCCGUAUGACAGAGUGCUAUACUAUCCAGGAACACCAUGCCGGACAUGCAAGUUCUUGAAGCCGGCGCGGAGUAAGCAUUGCAGUAUAUGCAAGACAUGCGUAUCAAGAAUGGAUCAUCAUUGCAUAUGGGUCAACAAUUGUCUGGGGCGAGGAAACUACAAGUGGUUUCUAGCCCUGUUGCUGUCCACUGGCAUACUGAUCGCCUAUGGGGCGUACCUGGCUCACUAUGCCCUUGCACCGUUGGUCAACAAACAUUAUUUGAAGUAUGAAGGAUGGUACAAAUACAAUCCCAAGCAAGGUGUGGAUACGAGAGGUUGGUAUGCGUACUUCGACAAGAAGACUCACUACUUGCUUAUCUAUAUAACCAUUUAUCUCGACAUGGGAGGUGUUCGUGGAUCUGGUGUUGGACUACUCGCUCUUCUCACAUGGCCACUUCCGCUAGGUCUACUCGCAUACCACAUCUACCUGAUUUGGGCCGGCAUGACUACGAAUGAGAGCGGCAAAUGGGCAGACUGGCGAGACGACAUGACGGAUGGUGUUGUGUUCCUAGGUCACAGGCGGGAAGACACCAUGCAAGAGUACCGUUCAGCAACGUCCGCACAUGACCCUAUACAUGCCUCAGCACAUUCUUCUUCUUCAACUUCGCCAUUCCCGACCCCUCCGGAAACCCCACCAGAAGAUGAAGAACCUCCAACAACUUGGCCGAUAGAAAGCAGACACAUACUCAUCCGCACGCGAACCGGCCAACCGCCCAAAACACUUCCAAGUCGCAUCAAGUCAGUAGCCAAAGAAGAUAGCUUUGAACGUGUAUGGAAUCUAGCAGCGGUGGAAAACGUGUACGACUUGGGUUUUUGGGACAACAUCUUAGAAGUACUGUUGAAUUAG